AUGAUAGUGCCGGCCCCAUGGGAGUCGUGCAGCGUGCGUGGGCUGCCUCAAGCCCCAAGUGGGGCUUUUAAUGAGCUUUUCUGCGACGUUGUGCGCACCUACGCGGGCCAUUCAUGCAAGAGACUGCGACGCCUUCAAGAGGGUGGCAUGGCACUGAGCAGCAGUCUUCUGGCGGGGUCGGCGUAUCUGCAUGAUGCCCUGCAUCCCGUCGUGCCGCCAUGUCUGCUCCAAGCAGGGGCUGUUCCGGUGGCGGUGCCAAUUGAGGAUCUGCCUGCCAUUGACUGCUGCGAGGACAUCGCCGCCAUCACGAAACUACGGGCCUACAGCUCCCGGUAUAGUGAAAGCGUUGUAGAGCUCCUGGAAAUCGUGAAGGAAUUUUCUGGGCGGUGGGGACGCCUAAAAAACUGUGAACGGAAAAGACUUGAUGAAGCACUUGCAAACGAAAGAAAUCAUCGCUUCCAGGAGGAUGAACUUCGUGCAUGCUUCAGCGAUCUAAACUUUUCGGGGAAGGGACUGCGCCAGAUAACGCCUGACGUGACCCGCUUUGUGAAUCUCACCACGCUGGUUCUGAGCAACAACCCGCAGCUCACGUCCAUCACGUACCUCCCGCCGGCCUGCUUGGUACUCGUGGCGUGCGGAUGCUCGAUCUGCGAGGUCUGCGCCUCCAACUCCCUGUCGUUUCUUGGGCUGGCAUUCAACGCGGUGAAGAAUCUGGACUUCCUCAGUGGUAUGCCAGAGCUGCGUGUGCUGGACCUCACACGCAAUGCUCUCUUCUCCAUUGAGGCGACCGUAGAAGCGGUGCGGCAACACCGGCUGCUGGAGGACGUCACGUUCACUGGUUGCCCCAUUGCACUGCUGGAUGACUACAGCGAGCGCGUGGCAGUGGGGUGCCCGCGGUUGCAGCGGCUAGACCACGCACCGCUUGCGGCGCGCACCAAACCUGCGCCCGGCGCUGGGGGCCGGUGUGGUGACGACAUUGGCAUAGAGGCGGGGACUUCUGCUGUUGAUCCUGCUACGGAUGUGCCGGGUGUGGUGUUGCGUGUGGAGGUGGUGCGUCUGGAGGGUCUUGCUGCGCUGGCACACUCCCCGGUGCAGCGGGACGAACAUACUUUGUCAAGUUUCUCGGAGGGGAAAGGUGCAAAGGCGAAGAAAAAGGCGAAGGCUGUUGUCAUGGGGCCAGCGUACGAGUGGACGACGAGUGUAAAAUUACACGGCUCCUGGGGUGGUGAGGGUGAAAUUCUUGCCGUGACCUGCGACGGUAUUCGCUUGCUGCCAGACGCGCUGGCAGCGGCGCAGCAGCACUUGAACAAAAAGAAAUCGCAAGCGGCGCCCCUUCCUGUUGAGGAUGCACGUCAGUUAAAUCAUGUGGUAGAUGCGAGGUUGCCGCCAACCUCCGGGCUUUCAGAGACGCUCGCACAGCCGUUUAAGCUUGAGCUUGAGGUAUACGAUGAGAUACGGUUUCCUAAUGGCAACUGUGUCUUGUUGACCUGCGCUAUUGGGUCCUUUCUUGCCGAUGCAUCAAGUCUCCUCUUGAGCACGGCCUCUUUGCCACGUCAAAUCACCGUGCAGGAGUCUCUUAUUCUCAGUGAGGCUGCGCUGAAAGAAAAGCGGAUCCACGCACAAGAAAUCCGCGAGCGGGUGGCGACCGCGCAGGAGAGUCUAGUGACGUUUACGGAGUCGUCAGAGCGCGUUCCCACCUUCUCCGCGACUCUUGGGGGCUCCUCACGACGGUCCAAGAAGUCUCUGGCGGCCACUGGACACAACAGCGCUGCCGAGCACUACUGGGUGGAAGUGAAGCGGCGAGAAGAAGAAGUGGCGGAGUUGGACCUUCUCGCUUGCAUUGAACAAACGCGCGCGGAAGAGUUGCAACACGCAGCGCUCUCACUGACGUUGGAGUUUGCGCUUGGUUCCGCACCGAAAGUUGUGGAGGAGGAGCCACCAGCGCGCACCAAAGCCCCUCGUCGUCGGCAGGGGGACAGGGAGAGGCGCUAG